GCUCCGGACUGAUUGGCUGGAGGGGCGGAGGAGGGACUUCGGAGGGUGCGCCCGGGACAGACUGGCCUGGGGCUCCCAGGACCCUGUAGGGCGCGUGUCCCGGCGGCUGUCAUGGAAGGAACUAGCGGCGGCUUCCGGAAAGAGCUGGUGGGCAAGCUGCUGCAGCUGCAUUUUAAGGAUGACAAGACCAAAGUCAGCGGGGAUGCGUUGCGGCUCAUGGCGGAGCUGCUGAAGAUCUUCGUUGUGGCAGCCAUCCGCAGCGUCCGGCAGGCCCAGGCGGAGGACCUGGCUCUCGUGGACGUGGACCAGCUGGAAAAGGUGUUGCCUCAGCUGCUCCUGGACUUCUAGGGGCUUCCACCCCCACUGCGGCCUGCUGUCCAAGUCAAGGCUAAAGCCCCGUGCCCACGUUUCGGUGGCCUCUGGCUACAGACAAGCAGCUCCUGAUACCUGAGAUCGUCCGCCGGCCCCAAGGGCUGAGCUGGGUCCUGGCAGACACCCCACCCCUCCUGGUGUCUCCUCUGCCUCGCUGCUGACCGCCUGGACACAGGAGAUGGGGUGGGGAAGGUCGCCGAGGGGACGGGGAGGCAGGCGUCUUCCCCUCACACCCACGGGUGUCAGGGAAGCGCCCGGUCGUCCGAAUGCAGGUGCCAGGAAGCAGCGGGGUGCCGCUGGAGCAGGUGGCCUGUGCGCCUUCUCUCAGUGAGCGGAGGUGCGCACGGUCCUCACACCCCGACAUCAAAGCUGCUGUGUAACCUUUUAACCAUUUGAUAUUCCCCUCAGAAGGUGCUUCCCUGAGCCAUAAAUUUGCUCUCACAAGGCAACAUCAAUAAAUCAAAGCCGCCUCUCGG